UUGCUUGUGUCUUUUGCAUUUUACUUCAGCCACAACUUCUUGGGCUAUUGAAACUGUAGCAUUGAUUAUCCAAGCAAAAUAUGAAAAUGUAGUUACUUUUCAAAAUUUUGAGGUUUGACUUGUUGCUUCUUAGGCCAGUAAUUGGAACUCUUGAAGAGAUUAAUGUUUAGUAUAAAGAAUUGGCUUUUUAUCAUCUGAUUGUGUAAUUACCUCACAUAGCUUAUAUUGACUUUUUCUAGUUGCAUUAUUUGGUCAAUCAUCACCUUUGCCUUGGGCUGCUAAAACUUUGAUAUUUGAUUCACAGCUUUGUAAGCGAACAAAUUGAAACUCUUGAAGAGAUUGAUGUUGAGUAUAAAGAAUUGGCUUUAGAAUCCGGUAUACAAAAUUGGGGUCGUGUUCCCGCAUUAGGAUGUGAAGCAAUGUUUAGAUCAGAUCUCGCUGAUGCUGUAAUUGAGAGUCUUCCAUAUGUGGGAGCUAUGGCAGUUUCAAAUCUUGAAGCUAGACAGUCGUUAGUUCCCCUGGGCAGUGUGGAGGAGUUUUUGGCAACUUAUGAUUCGCAACAAAGGGAGCUCCCACCACCUGUGAUAGUUUGGGAAUGGGGUUGGACGAAAAGUGCUGAAACUUGGAAUGGCAGAGCAGCCAUGCUGGCAGUGCUUGUGCUGUUGCUACUCGAGGUCACAACCGGAUAGGGAUUUCUGCAUCAGUGGGGGAUAUUGCCCUUGUUCCACUAAAUCCGACACACUCGUAAUGAAGAUAAGUGUAAAUUUUGAUAUGAUAAGCAGCAA